ACCCUAGAGACGGAAACCCUAGUUCAGAGUCUCCGAUUGCGGUUGGUUGAGCGAAGCUUCCAUUUGCAGCCAUGGAGACUGCGAAAGCCGCAAGAACUGUGAAAGACGUUUCUCCUCACGAGUUCGUCAAGGCCUAUUCUUCUCACCUCAAGCGAUCUGGGAAGAUAGAGCUUCCUCACUGGACUGAUAUUGUGAAGACUGCUACGUUCAAGGAGCUUGCUCCAUAUGAUCCUGAUUGGUACUAUGUAAGAGCUGCUUCAAUGGCAAGGAAAAUUUAUUUGAGGCAGGGUCUAGGAGUUGGUGGCUUCCGAAGAAUUUAUGGUGGGAGCAAGAGGAAUGGAAGUCGCCCACCCCACUUCUGUAAGAGCAGUGGUUCCAUUGCUCGCCACAUACUCCAACAGUUGGAGAAGAUGAACAUUAUUGAAAAUGACCCCAGGGGUGGAAGGAGAAUCACAUCCAGUGGCCAGCGGGAUCUCGACCAAGUUGCUGGACGGAUUGUAGUUGCUCUUUAAGCCAAUGUUGGCUUUCAUACGGCACAGUGCCACAAUUUUGUGUUGCUGUAGGUUUCCCAAUUUGGUUGAACUGAUCUAGCCUGAGCUAAGAUUUUUGUUUGGUGUUUUUCCUCUUCUGGACAUGAGGUUUUGUUCUAGGGCUUGGAAUUUGAUAUUUGCAGUGUUGAAUUUCACAUGAACCAUCUUACAAUCGAGCAGUAAAAAUUAUUUUCAGUUAUUUUCAAGAACAA